AAACGAAUGGUGUAGUCAGUACUGCACUCUGGAGAGACGAAUGUGGAAACGUAAGGGUAAGGCCUUAUUUUAAUAAGGGCUUCCGUUAACGAGAAUAUAACCCAAGACGUAAACCUCGUAUGAACAGAUAUACCAAAGUAAACGAAAAAAGAAAGUCAUGAGUAGAACUUUGCGCAUUGACAAAUAUUGCAAGAGAUUUUUACGAAGAAUUAAAUAAAUAUAAUCUUGUAAGUCAUCAAAUUAGGAAAUAUGUUAGGACGACUGAAGGAUCAGUUUAAUAUGACCUUAGCACAAGGUCAGGAAGAAGCCAAAAAUCGUCGGCGACAACUUCAGGAGAUGCAUAAUCAGAACUCUGGAUCUAAGGAAAGCUCUUUAGGAAAAGAUGAUUCAGAGGAACUAGCUCUCCUUCAAAUUGAGUUAGCGGAACUUCGAGAAACCAUUGACAGGUUCCAGACAGCUUUACAGGAAAAAACUCCUUUGUCAAGCAUUACUGAUAUAGAUGGUUUCUUAGAAUACCUGGAUAAUUUGGAGCAACGAUACGAAAUUUCAAUCCGUGAAGUGAAAAGACUGUCAAAUGAGCUUCAAGAAGCAGAUGCCUUGUUUAAAGCAUCCAAGAAAGAAUUUGAAGAGAAAUUUAAAGAAUUAGAGGAAAAAUUUUCCUCAGAAGUAGCUCGUUUGUCUAGUGAAAAUCAGAUAAGAUCAGACGACAGAACUAUAUCAAACAUAGAGGAAUAUAUUUCUCUUGUACCAUCUACUCCUACUGUAGAGUCAAAAACUGAAAGUCUUUGUCCUGAGAUUACUACGACAUCAAAUAAAUCUUCAUCGAAGAAGAAGAAACGUAAAAACAAAAAGAACCAAGCGGAAAAACACGUUGGGCAAAAUAUUGAACCAACUCAAGAAGGCUCUUCUAUUUUGGAGCCCAGCACUGAAAAUACUUCUGAGAAAGUCAAAGAAAAUGUUCAAAAGAAGUUAUCUGCCUUUGAAACCUCCCUUCAGUUAUCCUAUAAUUCAACACCUUCUGCAGCUUUACCGACUAUGACAGAAUCAGAAAAAACCUUCUUGCACUUGCCAUAUGUCCCGUUUGAAGAAGCUUUGGAAUUAAAAUUAGAGCCGUUCCGGAGGGAGCUGGAAACUGCCGAGCAAAACCUCAAGAAAGAAUCUGCUAAUUUUGAUAAACAAGAUCAGAUCCACAAGGAUAAUAUAUUAAAGUUGAAUUUGUCUAUAGAUUCUUUACAGAAAAAACUUGAAGAAUCUCACCAAAAUCUUGUUUGGGCUGAAACUUCUUGCGAAUCUCUGCGGGAAGAAAAGCAAACACUUACGGAAAGACUUGCCAAUAGCGAGGAUGGGAAAAUAAAACUCAAUGAGUCUUUCUCAAGGGUUCAAAGGAGUUUGGAUUUGUCUCAGGAAAAUCUCCGUCGUACGUCUGAAGAACUGGAAAAGGCGAAUGGAACUAUAGAGAAAAUGGAUAGAGAGGUGGAUAUGUUGAAAAGGGAAAUAGAAAAAAAUAAAACUAGGACUGGUGAAUUGAAUAAAAAACUUGUCUUUGCCACAGAACAAUCAAAUGAAUUCUCAAGACAAGUGUACGAAACGAAGGAGGCAAUCCAAACUAAACAGCAAGAAUUUGAGGAAGUAUACAAGCUUCUUAUGGACCAAACAAAGGAUUGCCAAAAGUUGAGAAGUCUUGUUGACCAGUUAGAAAUUGAUCGUAUCGACUCACAGAAAGCUGCCGAGGUUCGUUUACACGAGUUGCAUGAACAUUAUAAUACAGUUCUACAUGAGAAAGAUUCAGCUUUGUCUGAACUUGAAAAAGAAAAACAAAUUGCUUUCUCGGAACUUGAACAUCUCAAAUCAAAAGACGAAGAGCUUACACGGCAAAAUCAAGAAUUACUAAACGGAGUUCAAAGUGUACAGACUGAUAAAGUGGAUUCUAAUAAUCAUGAGAACGAAGAAACUUUGAAAACCUUGGAAGCGGAAAAGAAAAGCUUGGCUAUUGCUUUGGAUGAAUCCACCGCCCGGUACGAACAUUUACAAAAGUCAUUUAAGGUGGUGUUUGGUCAGCAUCGGAGAAAGCAAAGUCAAGGAUCACUUUCCGACCGUAAUUCAGGUGCUUCUUUUUCCCGUACUAGUGUUGAUCAACAAAACCACAAUUCAAUGAUCGACAAAGAAUAUACCCGUAACAUUCUUUUUCAGUUUCUCGAGCAACGUGAAAGGAGGGCAGAUAUUGUAAACUUACUUUCAAUUUUGCUUGAAUUGUCUACGGAGCAAAAAGAACAACUCUUGUCAAUAAAGUAUUGAAUUGUUCAUAAUUUUCAGAUAGUCCUCUGGAACUGUAUUUUAUAUUGCCCAAAUAGUAUAUUUAUGAUUCUUCUUAUCUAUUAAAUUCUAACUUACUAAUUUGAAUUAAUAAAAUAAUCAAAAAGUAUGGAAUGUCUUCAAAUGCUUUAUGAUCAUCUCUCAAAGUCACAUACUAAACACGCUUUGCCAUAAAUAGAAC